AUGAAAAAACAAUACGAAUCGUCCUCUCCCUUAUUCUUUUCCUCUCUUGUUCACCCCUCCCCGAUUUCGGAACAUGUUUUUUCUCUUUCAUUUUUUUUUCUUUCAUUCAUUGUUCCAUUCUUCUUCUUUUUCUUUGUUCUUUUUUUUCUCCUCCUCUGUGUCUGUUUCCUUUCUUUCUUUUUUAAGUUGUUUAUAUGGGUCAGACGUUUAGACUGUCGUUCCGAGGUGACAAUUUGUUUUUUGUUUUUGUUUUGGGUUAGGAAAGGAAAGUCGUGUCCCCCCACGCUGGUCGCUUUUGAACGGUUGGGAAGAAAAAACUCUCUCUCUCUCUCUCUCUCUCUCUCUCUCUCUCUCUCUUUUUCUUUCUUUCUUUCUUUCUUUCUUUCUUUCUUUCUUUUUCUAGCUAGAAAACCACACGGGAAUUUUCUUUUGGCCACUCUUUUCCUAAAGCACCGGUGGUACCUGCAGUUUUUCCCAAAACACCGGCAGUAUUUACGGUUUCAACAUUUGCUGUGGUAUCUGUUGCUCGACAUUCGUCAUUCAUGCCACUUUCGUUUCUCUGCUGAAUGUGAGUUGUGUCUUUCCUCGCAACAGUUUUUUUUUUCUUCCGCACCUAAUUCACCACAAACGGUUACUAAUUCCUUCUUCUUCUUCUUCUUCUUCUUCUUCUUCUUCUUCUUCUUCUUCUUCUUUUGA